AUGGCGGCCACUGGCGCCCGCCCCGUCCCGCCGCGGCUACGGUCCCGCGGGAAACGGGGCCUACGCCGCUCGUUCCCUCACGGCGGGGCGGGCGCGGGAGCUCGGCGGCCUGCGGCGGCGGGCGCGCCGGCCCAGAGGAGCGCGGGGGCAGCGUCCUGGCGGUGGGGGGAGCCGCCAGCCCGGGGCCGCGCUCGGCAGGGGGAGCGGGAACGCUGCUGCACCAGCUGCGCUUUCCGGCGGGCGGGGGCGCCGUGGCGGCCAUGGAGGCGCGGGGGGCGGCCGUGGCGGUGCCGGUGGCGCGGCUGGCCGAGGCGGCGCGGGAGCAGUUCCUGCGGGACCUCUAUCCCCGGAACUCUGCCUUUUGAUGUAUUUGUACGAAGAGCAGCUGAAGUCAAACACAAGGAGUACUUCCUUUCUGAGGAUGAGAAGUACUACUUGCGAUCAGUGGGUGAAGAUGCUAGGAAGGAUAUUGCAGAUAUCAGAAAGCAGUUUCCUGUUUUGGCAGAAGAUAUUCACAUUCCAGAGUAUUUUGAGAAGGAACAAUUUUUCUCUAGCAUCUUCCGCAUCAGCUCAGCUGGAUUACAGUUAUGGACACAUUACGAUGUAAUGGAUAACUUCUUAAUCCAAGUAACAGGGAAAAAACGAGUUGUUUUGUAUAGUCCUCGAGAUGCACCCUAUUUAUAUUUAUCAGGUACUAAGUCAGAGGUGCUGGAUGUGGAUAACCCAGACUUACAGAAAUACCCACUUUUUGUGAAGGCCAGGCGCUAUGAAUGUGUUCUGGAAGCAGGAGACGUGUUGUUUAUUCCAGCUCUGUGGUUCCACAGUGUAAUUUCUGAAGAAUUUGGAGUGGCAGUGAAUGUCUUUUGGAAGCACCUUCCUGCUGAGUCCUAUGAUAAGAGUGACGCUUACGGAAAUAAAGAUCCCAUGGCAGCCUCUAGAGCUUUACAGAUCUUGGACAGGGCCUUGAAAACGCUUGAAGAGCUACCUGAAGAAUAUAGGGAUUUUUAUGCUCGGAGAAUGGUGUUACGCAUCCAAGAAAAAGCCUACAGGAGUGACUGCGGAUAAAGUAACACAUUGUAAUUCGGCAGGCUCCUGUGAAAGUAGAAAGUUGUAUGUGAAUAUGGAAACUGUCCAUAUGUACAUACAUAUGCUUUCUGUAAGACUUGUAAACUUUGUUACAGAUCAAUGUUUAUCAAUAUAGCUUUUAUCUUGUA